AUGGCUGAAGCGACCAAGGAUGCGGCUGCUGUGGCUGAGAAUGCUGCGCCAGAGACCCCAAACUCCGAAGUGAACGGCGCUGCUCCGGCACCGGUUGUGGACGAUGGGGUGGAGCCGAACCCCGAAGACGCUAUGUUUCUACUGAACAUUGUCCUACCCCAAGCGCCGGGCAAGGUCAACAUCAUGGUCUCUCCCCAUGAGCAAGUCCACGAAGUCCGACAAUCAAUUAUCGAGCUGCCAGCAGCUCUGCAGUACUCGUGCUUCCAUCUCGAGCACAAGGGCGAGAGGAUCAACGACUUCAUAGCCAUCAACGAGAUCAAUGGCAUCGGCCCCGACGCUGAAAUCCACCUAGUGGAGGACCCAUACACUGAAAAAGAGGCGAGGAUACAUCUCAUCAGGGUCCGCGAGCUCAUCGGUGCGUCAGGCGACCGCACCGAUACCAUACAAGGCGUCCUUGCUGGAGCCUCGCUUUACGAAAAGGUUGCCACAGAAGCCGGAGACACGGCGGAUAAGGCGGAUCAAGAGCGGGCCGCGGUCGAGGAAUACAACUUUGAUGUCGUUCCUCCCGUGUCGUCCUUGCUGCCAGCAGAGCAGGAUCCUGCACCCAAGACCGUGAAGGCUAUUCAGCUGUCGCCCUGGAACCCGCCUCCCGUGCAUCUGCGCCAAAGGGGACAUCUGCUGUACCUGAUUGUGACAACCAACGAGGGUGAACAGUUCCAAAUCACGGCGCAUGUCGGAGGUUUCUUCGUCAACAAGUCCUCGAAUGCCAAGUUUGACCCGUCGCCCCGGUUAGCGCCAAAGGGUGCAUCUGCACACUCUCUUCUGAGCCUCAUUGGCGAGAUUUCCCUGUCGUUUGCCGCCUCGUUUGCCCAGCUACAGGAGUACAACAACUGCCGAGAACCCCUGGCAACCUUCCAGAUCACAAAUGCCAUCCCCUCGGCACCAUGGGUGGUACCUUCGUCAACGUCGCCACUCUGCGCUCACCAACCCGAUAUCACGAGGACACAGGAAUCGUACCUCAUCGCUGGCGUGGAGAACACAGACACCCUGCGAGACUGGAAUGAGGAGUUUCAGUCUGCCAAGGAGUUGCCCAAGGAAAACGUCCAGGACCGUGUUUUCAGGGAGCGUUUGCUGGCGAAACUCUAUGCCGACUACAACGAUGCUGCGGCGAGGGGAGCUGUUCAGGUGGCUCGUGGCGAGGUUGCGCCUCUAAACCCUACCGAGGCGCGAGAUGCUCAGAUUUAUGUAUACAACAACGUAUUCUUCUCCUUUGGCGCGGACGGAGUCGGCACUUUCACCUCCGAGGGUGGCGACGAGGCAGCGCGUGUUGCAACUGGCAAGGAUGUGGCCGGUGUCAAGGUCGUGAACCAGCUGGAUAUUGAGGGCCUCUACACCCCUGGUACUGUGGUCGUGGACUACCUGGGCAAGCGGAUAGUCGGACAAAGCAUCGUUCCGGGUAUCUUCAAGCAGCGGGAGCCUGGUGAGAACCAGAUCGACUAUGGUGCCGUCGAUGGCAAGGAUGUCGUGGCUGCAAACGAGAAGUUCACUUCUGUCUUCGAGAAGCUUUCUCAGGCCAUGAAGGUCAAGAAGCACGCUGUCUGGGAUAAGGAUGGCAAGCGAUUUGACCUGGAGGCCAGUGUCGAAACAAAGGGUCUCCUUGGAACUGACGGCCGGAAGUACGUGCUGGACCUUUACCGGAUCACCCCGUUGGACAUCGCAUGGUUGGAGGAGACCGCUGCUGAGGAGGAGACCAACCCGUACCCGCACCGCAUGACUGUCCUCCGAGGAGAGCUCGUCGAGCUUGUCCACAGGCACAAGAUGCGUGAGUGGGUGAAUGCUGAGAUCGCAAAGCGUGCCGAUGCCAAGAAGGAUGCGAAGGCCUUGGAGGAAUCCACUGGAGAGAAGCCCGCGACCGAGGCUUCCGAGGACAAGAAGGAUGAGAAGACUGAAGAGAAGACGGUGGAGAAGGCCGAGAAGGCCGAGGAGGCCACUCCAAGCCAGGACCAGGAUGACCGAAUUGAUGUCAACAACUUCAAGUUCGCUCUCAACCCUGAUGUUUUCAGCGGGCAAGAGGCCCAAACCGAUGCCGAGAAGGAAGAGCUGGCGGCCGACGAGCAAGACGUGCGAUCAGCCUGUGCCUACCUCCGAGACACGGCGAUCCCUGAACUGCUGAACGACCUGAAGGAAUCGGAUAUCAGCUUCCCCAUGGACGGCACGUCACUGCGAAACUUGCUUCACAAGCGCGGUAUCAACAUGCGAUACCUCGGCAAGGUCGCGUCUCAGAGCGAGGGAUCACGGCUGCAGUGCCUCCGUGACGUGUGCGUCCGAGACAUGAUUGUGAGGUCUUUCAAGCACGUCGCCGCGAAGUACCUCAGAUAUCUGCCACUGCCCCUGACCUCCACCUGCAUUGCGCAUCUUCUCAACUGCUUCCUCGGCGUUGGGCUGAACGCCAAGCCAUCUGCCGACAUCGACCAGUCCCUGCGAGCUCUCUACAGCGACGCAGACCUCUCAUUCGAGACUGUCACCCCUGAGAGCCUGAGGAAGGCUGUCGAGCUAGAGACGUCUCAACGGUUCAGAUUCCAGCUGGACCCUGAGUGGCACGCUCAGCUCAGCCCAGUACAGGUGUUGCGCGAGAUCUGCUUGAAGCUCGGUCUCCAAGUGCAGUCUAAGGAGUAUGCCUUCACACCGGCGUCAGCACCAGAACCCGUCGCUGCUGAAGCCCCAGCCGUGAACGGCAACGGCGAGAACAAGAAGAAGAAGAAGAAGGCCCGUGAGGGCUCCCCAGCCUCCAUCGCCUCGACCACGGUGCCCCACACAUUCGCCGCCGACGAUAUCGUCAACGUUGUGCCCAUUGUCAAGGACUCUUCACCACGCAGCUCUCUGGCUGAGGAAGCUCUGGAGGCAGGACGAAUCUCCAUAGCGCAGAACCAGAGGAAGCUGGGACAAGAGCUCCUGCUGGAGUCACUGUCGCUGCAUGAGCAGAUCCACGGCAUAUUGCACCCAGAGGUAGCACGCGUCUACCAUCAACUCUCCAUGCUCUACUUCCAGCUGGACGAGAAGGAGGCCGCUGUCGAGCUUGCCCGCAAGGCAAUUAUGGUUGCGGAAAGGACCGUCGGUAUUGACGCGCAGGAGACCCUUCUCGAUUACCUCAACCUCAGCCUGUUCCUGCACCAGCUGGGCGACAGCCGUAGUGCCCUCGAGUACGCCAAGCACGCGCUCCAGCUGUGGAAGAUCAUCUACGGGCCCGACCACCCUGACACCAUCACGACCAUCAACAACGCGGCCGUGAUGCUACAGCACCUCAAGGCGUACCACGAGUCGCGCCGCUGGUUCGAGGAGUCGCUGCGCAUCUGCGACAAGGUCUUUGGCAAGCAGUCCAUCAACAGCGCCACGCUCCUGUUCCAGCUGGCGCAGGCCCUUGCUCUGGACCAGGACUCCAAGGGUGCCGUCAACCGCAUGCGCGAGAGCUACAACAUCUUCCUACAGGAGCUGGGCCCGGAGGACAAGAACACCAAGGAGGCCGAGAGCUGGCUGGAGCAGCUGACGCAGAACGCCGUAUCCAUCGCCAAGCACGAGAAGGACGUCCAGGCACGCCGCCUCCGCGCCGGCAUCCGCUUCACGCCGCGCAACCUGUCCUCGGGCGUCCGCUCGGGCGUCGCGGGCGGCGCCGCCUCCUCUUCGGCCGCCGGCGUGGCCAACCACGAGGUCCAGGGCAAGCCAUCCCUGGAUGCUCGCAACAUCGACGAGCUUAUCAAGUUCAUCGAGGGCGGCGCGGACAAGAAGUCCAAGUCUAGCGGUGGCAAGAAGACCGCCGGCCCCAGCAAGAACCCCAAGAGCCGCCGCGGCGGAUCCCAGGUCCCCACCACGGCUUAA